AUGGAUCCUGUCGAGAAACGAAAUUUAGUUAAGAAAAGAGCAUUUAUCAAAACACGAGUGACUAGACUCUCCACAUUUAUUAAUAGCUUUCAAGAAGGAUCUAAUCUCAACGACAUGAGAGUAAGGCAGUCACUGCUAAAUACAAGCAAGGAUGAAUACAACGACAUCCAAACUCAGUUAGAGAUUUACGAUGUAGAAGAAUCUCAUGAUGUAGACAGGGAGUCGUUUGAAGACUUGUGCUUAGAUAUACAGGAGUUUGUCGAUUUAAAUACUUUUCAGCUUGUAGAAUCAAGCAUAGCGACACUGCUCCAUUCAAAUGUUGUGUCAUCACCUAAGUCUGUAAGUUCGUGCAGUGCACGUGAAAUAAAGCUACCAGCAAUUUCAUUACCAAAAUUCAAUGGUAACAUAGCAGAAUUCAUGCACUCCCUGGAUACCUUUAAGGCAUUAGUUAUUAGCAAUGAAGCUUUAACUGACGUCCAGCGAUAUUAUUAUUUAUUGUCAUGUGUGUCUGGUGCACCUCGUAAGAUGGUUGAAAACUUACCGGUUACAGAAAGUAACUUUAAGAUUGCAUGGGAUCUGAUCGUUCAAAGGUAUAACAAUCCCAAGUUAAUUGUUGAUUUACACGUAAAGGAACUUCUAAAUCUGCCCAACGUCAGAGUUGAAUCUGCUAAGGACUUACGAAUGUUAAUUAAUCAGCUAAUGAGAAAUCUGAACGCGAUUGAGGUAAUGCAGGUCGGCAUUCCAUUGCAUGAAAUACUGCUCUCGCACAUUUUGUUGGAUCAUAUUAGGGUGACUCUGAGGAAACAGUGGGAAUGUAAAACAGCUGACACCACAUUUCCGCGUCUUAAAGAUCUGGUGGCAUUUCUAGAAGCCAGCUGUCAGACGUUAGAGCUCAUUCAUCCUGACAAAAUGCUGCCCCAGUCCCAGCAGCCGGCCGCGAUGCAUACUAAAGCAGGAGAGUACAGUUCUCGACGUACAUUUCUCGCGACCUCUCCAGACUGUGCGUUCUGCAACUCAAAGCAUAAGCUAAGUAGGUGUCCUAAGUUCAAAGAGAGCGACAGUGAUAGCAGAAUAGACUUCGUGAACAGACAAAAACUUUGUUUCAACUGUCUGGGCGCGAAUCAUAGGCACCGCAACACAUUAUUGCACAAGGAACAAGCCAGUAGUAGUGACAGUAGAAACCAAGAAACGGGUGUACAACAACAUCAAACAUACUGCACAGUGAAAGGAGACCACCAACGUGCAGAAGUAUUGUUAUCUACUGCACUUGUAAACAUCGCCGACAAUGAUGGGAAGUUGUACAAAUGCAGGGCAUUUAUUGACAGUGCCUCACAAAUAACUUUAUGUCUAGGAGCUUAG